AUGGAUAUUUAGCAAUUUGAAAAAGAACUUGUAACAAAACUUUAAUUCAAAGCUUCUUCAAGAAUUGGUGUUGAAACAGUUUUACUCAAAAUUUUCAAAUUCUUUGACCUCAGCAAUGAGGGAAAUUUGAAAAAACAAGACUUUUUAAAAGCAAUAGCAAAAGCAGGUGUUACGAUUUCAGAUUAAGAUGUAAAAGAAUUUCAUAAAUUUAGUUUGGAGAAAGACUUUGGACAACAUAUUCUGUUAAUGAAUAACUAAAUUAUAAGGAGUUUAUUAAUAGAGUUGUUGGGAAGCAAUCAUUAGAGGAAUAAGCAGAAUCAAGAAUUGUAUAAACAGGAAAUCCUUUAGAAUAACUAAGAUUAAAAUUACAAUUAAAGGGAGCAUUAGGCAUAUUGAAUUUAGCAAUAAGUUUACCAAGUUAAUUUACUGCUUAGCAAUUACAAGAUUAUUUGAAAAGAAAUAAUAUAGAAGUGGAUGGAUUGUAUUAAUUAUUCAAUGGAGAGUAUAUGAGUGCUUCAAAUUUGAUUAAUUAAAUUAAGGGUCAAUAUUUGAAUUAAUCAAGGUAAGGAGUAGUUUCAGAUGUAUUUUACACAUUUGAAUAAAGAGAAAUUAGUCCAUAAUAAUUAGUGAAUAGAUUUAAUGCAGAUAGACAUCCUGAAAUUAAAAUACUAUGUAGAUCACCUAAUGAUGUUAGAGAAGAAUUUUUAUCAGGAUUAAGUGUCUAUCUAUAAUUAAGAGGGAUUAAAAUGUUAACAAUAUAAGAUUUUUUUGAUUUUUACUCUUAUUUUGGAUUUUAUGUGACAAAUGAUGAGAUUUUUAAGACUAUAAUAGCUUCAGUUUGGGAUUUAAAUUAAUUUUAAUAAUAAGGUCCAUAAUAUGGUACUCCACCACAUAGUGUUAAAUAAUAAUAAUAAUUAAAUUAUUCUCCUGAAUCAUAGAAUAUAAUAACAAAUCCUUAAAUUGUCUAAUAAUUAAAUUUUUCCCCAUCUUAAGAUAAAUCUGUAAAAUCUUAUCAAUAAUAAUAAUAAUAAUAAUAAUAACAACGUUAAUCAGUUCCAAAAUCAGUCAAAUCUCAUUAAUCAAAUGCAUCUUAGAUGUCAUCAACAUCUAGAUAAGUUGAAUUAAUAGUUUAAAGAAUAAGAAAUAGAUUAAUAUCAAGAGGAGCAAGAGGAUUCAUAUCUUUAUAUAGAGUUGGAAAAAUCUUAGAUGCUGAUCAUGAUGGGAUGUUGAAUUUAACUGAGUUUAGAAAGGCAAUUAGAGAUCAUAAAAUAGAAGUGACAGAUCCUGAAAUAGAUCUUGUAUUCUAAUAUUUUGAUAGAGAAUCAUCAGGAAUGAUAGAUUUAUGGGGUUUUAUGUUUGUAUUAAGAGGUGAAAUGUCAUAAUUAAGAACUUAAUUAAUAGAAUAAUUAUUUGAAAAAUAUAGAACAAAUGAUUAUAUAACAUUGUCAACAUUAAGAAAUAAUUUUAUAUGUAGAAACCAUCCAGAUUUAAAAAGUGGAAAGAAAAGUGAUGAUGAAAUCAUAUAAGAUUUUUUUGAACCAUUAUAAUAAUUACAUAAUAUAAAUGGAGGAUUUGGUAAUGAAAAUAUUACAAGAGAAGAAUUAUUAGAAUUCUUUAGUAAUUAUAGUGCUUCAAUACCUGAUGAUAAAUAUUUUGAAUAGAUAAUUGUAAAUGUAUUUAGAUUGUUAUAAGAUGGAAAUAAGAAUCAUCAUGCUGGUAAUAAAUAAGUUUUUGAACCAGAUCAUAAAAGAAGUUAUUUAUAAGAUCAUCAUAGAUAUGUAUUAUAAGGUGGUAGUGUUUCUGCAAAUGCACCAUUUGGAACAUUUACCUAAUAAGAAUAAUUAGCUUAAUCAAGACCUUCUGUUGGUUAUAAUUAACCAGCAUCAUUUAAUAUAUUUAAACCAUUAGAAGAUGUCAAAGUUAAUUAAAAUGGAUCAUAAAUUUAAUAAAUCCCUCUAUCCUAAUCAUAGAUUUCAUAAUAAUCAUAAUAAUAAUAAGAAAUAGAAAAAAGUGUUAAAUCAAGUAAAUAAAAAAUGGAUGGUGUUUAAAUUCUUAGAAAUAAAAUAUGUUAAAGAGGAUUAAGAGGAUUAAUAAAUAUUUAGUAUAGAUUUUAAUUGUAUGAUAAAUCUCAUUUGAAUGCACUAUCUUAUUAGGAAUGGAAGAAUUGUUUUAAAUAAUGGAGAUUAGAAGUUAGUGAUUAAAUUUUAGAUGAAGUUUUUUAAUAAUUUUAAACAAAUGGAAUGAUGAAUUAUGAUGGAUUUAUAAAAUAAGUUUAAGGUACUAUGAGUUUAAGGAAAUUUAAUGCUGUUCAAUAAGCAUUUGAAUCUCUUCCUAAGGCUACAAUUGAUAUAGUUAAAUGUAAUUUAAAUUAAAUAAAUAAUAGAAUAAUUCAAUGCUAAAGAUCAUCCUGAUGUAAGAGCUAAUAGAAAAAGAGAAGAUGAUGUUUUAUGUGAAUUUAUAGACACUUUUGAAUAACAUCACUUUGUUUUUGUAUUAAUAUUUAUCUAUAUUAAUAGACAGGUGGAGAUUAUGUGAAAAAUCCAAAUGUAACUUUUGAAGAAUUUAUUGGAUAUUACAAUAAUAUAAAUGUGUUAAUUGAAGAUGACAUUUAAUUUGAAUAACAUAUUUAAUCGGUAUGGAAUUUAAGAAGGAGAUUCUGA